CGGGAGGGUUGCUUUGUUUACUUUUAUCCGCUUUGGGGUGUCAAUGCAGCCCUCAACUGUUUUCGGUUGCUGCUUGAAUAAUUGCCUUCAUCAUCGUAUGGUCUACCAUCAGAAAUGCAGAGCUUUCUCCUCCUGGAGCUUCUCGUCGCUGACUUGCGGCAGUCUCAAAGAGCCCUAUGAAAUUCUGUGGAAGCUUAUACGUAUAGCAGGGCCAAGAUGCGGAUGUCAACGUCCACCAUGGCUUGAAGGACUUCCAUGAGACCAUUCAAGCCCAUUGAACCUGCCGUUCCCGUGACUCGGAAAGUUUGAACAUGUCAAUAAUCCGAAUACCGGCAGAGGUUGUGGUGUCUCCAGUCAGAACAGCCUAGGUAGAACCGAAUGCGGAGGGAGAUACAGACGCGAACCCCGCAGUAGGAGCCCCGCCCUACUGUGUAUCUCUUGGACGAAGGCAGGGGACGAACAUCUCCCGAAGGUGUACCAAAUUGGCCAGCAAUUGAACUUGUUCACCCAACGCAGCCAGUACAUUUCCUCGCCAUCUGCCGUCAGGUUAUUACAGUUGACCUCGAGUAUGUGGCGGCGGGACCUUGGUUCGGAGCUGCACAUCAACUUUGAAAUCAUAGUGUGUACUGUGUGUUAUCGGAUUUGCUUUAAAAGAGUUCGGGUUGACUUAGUCCGAGCUUCCACCUGCAUCCCCACUGACUUGGCAUGCCUUUCCUCCCCUUCGUACGUUAAAACUCCUGAAGCAUCAUAUCUCUUCACUGAACAAAGUCGUUCACGUCACUCCGCUUCACCAACUCCGUACAAUGUCUUCCGGUAACCCAACUUCCAAGAUGCUGGCGGCCAAUUCGUUGAAGCAAAUCUUCACCCAGGAAAGCCGCCCUGCUAUGGGUGUCUGGCAGAUGCUACCCGGGGCCAAUAUCUCGAGGAUUCUCGCUCGAUCGGGGGCUGACUGGGUAAUGGUUGACUGCGAGCAUGGAAACAUCGACGAUGCUGCGAUGCACGAAGCAGUUCCGGCCAUUGCUGCCCUGGGCGUUUCUCCUAUUGUCCGGAUCCCAGACCUUCAGCCAUCGAUGGUCAAGCGAGCGUUGGAUAGUGGUGCGCAUGGAAUCCUUGCGCCGCUCAUCAGGACUGUUGAGGAUGUCAAAAACUUGGUUACCGCGGCAAAGUUCCCACCCGAAGGCAAGAGAGGGUUUGGAUCACCCAUCGCUAUGCAAAACUUCAACCCCAUGCCAACCUUCACCGAAUACCUCCAGCAAGCGAACGAGAGUCUCUUGACCAUGGUGCAGAUCGAGACACAGGAAGCCUUGGACUGUGUUGAAGAGAUAGCUCCGCUUGUGGAUGUCAUCUUUAUUGGUCCUUUUGACUUGGGUAACAAUAUCGGCCACCCGAUUAUCGAGGGAAAGAUGGAUCCGGAGCUAGAUGAGGCUAUUGACAGGAUCCUGAAGGCUGCCGUAACGGCAGGCAAAAAGUGCGGCAUCUUCUGCACAGGCGGAGAGCAGGCCAAGCAGUAUGCCGACAAGGGAUUCCAUAUGAUCAGUGUCGCAACGGAUUACACUUUGUUGGGAGCUGCCAUGGCGGACAGCCUAAGCAUUGCACGGGGCCAAGGGAAGCAGGACAAGCCGGCAUCGUAUUAAUGAGAAUGAGGCCCUGGUAUCGACGCACACGAGUGCCAAUAAUAGGAUAGCCUCUCUCAUGACUCUUCGACUUGAUUCAUUUUAGCUUCAACCUGCUCGACCGUGAAGCGGUGCAUCAACUUGACGGCCUUGGAGGAGAGUUGGGGGUCUUCUUCUGGGGCUUGAGCCUUGCUGAUGUGAAUCUGUCAAGGUGUCACUGGGUGUUAACUUCCACCUAAGGUUCGACGACCUGAGUCAGCU